GUAGGGGUCCCCCGUUUAUAAAUUGAAGAUUUGUUUAUUGUUUUGUGCCGAAUGUGUUCUUGGGGCAUGACCAUUUGAUACGAUAGUUCCUUCUGUUGUCAGGGUCUAGUCAUCAACUGACCUUCUGCUUUACGCUUCACAUAAUCGCUUUUCGUUGCGGAUAUUUGUCCAGCGAAGCAUUGAUAGAUCUCGAUUCAGAAUAACUGACACCCAAGCCAUGAUCGCUGAAGUCAUCCUUCUCAUUGUCACCCUGGUGCUUCUUCACCAUCUCUUCCAUCGUUACACCGAGCCGUCCAACCUACCCCCUGGACCACGCCCUUACCCUAUUAUUGGAAACCUCCCGCUGCUGAUUGGCUCAUUCUCCUCACUCCACGUCAAGCUCACUGAGCUCGCUAAAACAUACGGCAGCGUCUACACUCUCUACCUCAACGGUCAGCGGUCUGUCGUCGUCUGCUCUGCCAAGGCAGCCCGCGAGGGACUGGUAGAGAGGAAAGACGCAAUCGCAGGACGUCCUUACAGCUUCUGUAGGGAUUAUGCGUUUCGAGGUAGCAAAAACAUUGGCUUUCUGGACUUUUGCCCCUCCUACUUACUAAAAAGGCGCAUUGUACAGUCAUCCAUGCGUCAGUAUUUCCCACAGGUAGAAGACAAAGUCAACCAUCACUUGGAUGAAGUACUGGCAAGGAUAAAAAUGCUUGAUGGGACCGCCUUUGAUCCUCAUUACUUACUGAAUUUAGUUACACUCAACGUCGUGAGCUCCAUUACAUUUGGAACCGAUUACAAGUUCGAAGAUCCUGAAUUUCAGCACGUGCUUCGUUUGAAUGACGCCGUUGGUCGGAGCUUCAAGGCCUUCAACAUACUCGACGUGUUCCCAUUUCUGAUUCAUCUUCCUUUUAGCGCAUCUAAGGAUCUGAAGUGUGUUUGUGCCGAGCGCGGUAAAUACGCGAUGGACAAGGCACAGCGACACGUAGACAGCUAUGACAGCGAUAGAAUCCGCGAUCUCACAGAUGGAUUCAUCAAGGGACUCGCAGAGGCAGUCAAGGAAGAUGAUAAAGUCGAAAGCUUUUUUACUACUGAGCAUGUUGCCAUGGUAAUGUCAGAAAUGACAAUCGCGGGCUCAGAAACAGCCUCAACAACAAUGCGCUGGAUGCUUGCCUAUUUGGCAGUCUACCCAGAAGUCCAAGCGAGGCUGCAUCAACAGCUGGAUGACGUCAUUGGAAGGAACAAAAAUAAAAUCAUCACACUGAAAGACCGAGAUCGAUAGCCUUAUGUAGAGGCAGUCAUAGCGGAGACAUUGCGCAUUUCGACACCGGGGCCGCUUGCAAUUCCACACAAAGCAACAUGUGACACGACAAUCAACGGCUACUUCAUCCCAAAAGACACCACUGUCAUCUUCAACCUGUGGGGGGUACACCAUGACCCUGCUGAGUGGGCGGAUCCCCAUGUGUUCAACCCCGCCCGCUUCCUAAACAAGGAUGGCAAGCUCAUCAAGAGUGAGAAACUCAUGCCUUUUGGUGGGGGGAGGAGAGUUUGUCCUGGAGAGAAGAUGGCGAAAAUGGAAUUUUUUUUGAUGACCGCAACACUCUUUCAACAUUUGCAAUUCAUGCCACAGCUAGAUGGCCCUUCACCGAGCCUCGAGGGAGCCAUGGGUGUGGUACAUUUUCCACUUCCUUACAAGAUACGAGCACUACAAAGACUCUAGGCGGCAUCUGUCUCCCACCCAGCCUCAAAGUCUAAGCUAUGGGUGUUGUACAUUAUCCACUGCCGUACAAGAUACAGGCAUUAAAGGGAAGUAUGGAGGAAUCUAUUGGUGUGGUACAUUAUCCAGUCCUUUACAAGAUAAAAGGGGGAGGGCAGAGAGGUUGAGGGGGGGCACGAGAGAUCAGGGGGGGAGGCAUUGAGAUCAGUAAAGGAGACAGGGCAGGGAGAUCAGGGAGGGAGGGGGAGAGAUCAGGGAUUGAGACAGGACAGAGAGAUCAGGGAGGCCAGAAAGGGAGGGCAGGAAUCGGGAAGGGAGGAAGGACAGAGAGGGAGAGAGCAGUGAGGGAUGGGGGGCAGAGAGGUCAGGGAGAGAGGAAGGGCAGAGAGGGAGGGGGUCAGGGAAGGAGGUUUCUGGCAACUCAGCAAACUGAUGAAGUUUUGUAUACUCUUGUUAAUUUGAACAAGCUUUACAAAAAUUAUCUAAAAAUGUUGGAUAAUUUACACAUUUGAUUCAAAAUAUUGCAGAAUAAUUGAUUGAAUAAAAAGCAUCACUUUCACUACCA